AUGAUUUUUUCGAGAUCUGGACGACCUGUGUUUCCUCUCCUUCCUCCAUAUGGAGCACAUGAUCCGAGUGAUGGGCGGGUGGUCCCAUCGCACCCCGAUGGACUUACUCCGUACCUGGGCCUACGCGCUCGACUCUCACAAGUAUGGAUCAAUCGCUGGACGAUUUUGCUCCUACUGGUGCUGGUCCGUGUCCUUAUUGCCGUCGGAGGUGUAAGCAGCAAUAUGGCAAGUGCUAAGCGGGAGGCACUCUCUGCUUGUACAUCAGUCGAGUCCAUGGGCAGCGCGAUGGCGUCGAUGCCACACUAUCUUUCUCAGGGCGUCAAUGAGCUCACUGCUUCGGGGAUCGACUCGACCGUUCAUGGAUUGCGUUCCAUGCUCCUUAUGACCAUCACCGGUGUAGAGGAAAUCAUUCUUUUCAUCAUCAAGAUCAUGUAUCAGACAUAUUUGUGUCUCAUCACAAUGGCCGUACGGGGCACAGUGUCGGUAGCAACCGGUUUAAUCGAGGAUGCUCUCGAUGUUGUGAACAGUACACUGCACUCUGCCACUGAGGCCAUCCAAAGCACCGUCAGCGACUUUGAGAGUUCCUUGAACGACUUCGCCAAACUUGUCAACACGGCUGCAAGCGCCCUCGGAGCUGACCUCCCGACACUAAACCUGAAUAGCUCGCUCGAUAUGCUGGACAGCAUCACAAUCCCAUCAAACGUCGAUGACAAGCUCAACGCUCUGAACAGCUCCAUCCCGACAUUUGACGAGGUGCAGAAUUUCACCGAGACGGUGAUCCGAACGCCGUUUGAAGAAGUCAAGAGAUUGCUCAAUAACCAUUUGGGCAACUACACCUUUGAUCGUUCGGGUCUCCCAGUUCCAGAGAAGAAGCGGUUGACAUUCUGUGACGAUAACGGUGGGAUCAACGGUUUCUUCGACGGCGUGGGCAACGUCGUUUCCACUGCCAAGAAGAUCUUCAUCGCUGUCCUGGUUGUCGCUGCCAUCCUAGCUUGCGCUCCCAUGGCAUGGCAGGAAAUUCGGAGGUGGCGCCAGAUGAAGGAGCGCUCGCAGCUGGUCCACAACAACAGUCAUGACCCCAUGGAUGUCGUGUACAUUGUCUCUCGCCCGUUCACUGCUGCUGCUGGUGUAAAAGCUGCUAGUCGGUUCAGCAACAGUCGCCGACAGAUUCUAGUCCGCUGGGCAAUUGCAUACGCGACAUCCACGCCUGCGCUUUUUGUUCUCGCCCUUGCCAUUGCUGCUCUGUUCUCCUGUCUGUGCCAAUACAUCUUGCUCAAGGCUGUCGCCAAGACGGUUCCGGAAUUGAUCACCGAAGUAGGAGCCUUCGCCGACAAAGUCGUAGAUUCGCUUCAGGAUGCAUCGACGGAAUGGUCAAACAGCGCGAACAAAAUGAUUACGGAUUUCGACGAUGACUUGAACAACAACAUCUUCAGUUGGGUCAACACCACGACCCAUGGCGUCAACGAAACCCUCAACACCUUCGUCGACAAAACACAAGACGUCCUCAAUGAGACCUUCGGUGAUACUCUGCUCCGUGAGCCGGUGGAGGAGCUGUUCAACUGCCUGAUCGGCCUGAAGAUCGAAAGCGUGCAGAAGGGACUGACAUGGGUCUCCAACCACGCCCACAUUGACUUUCCACUUCUACCAAACGAUACAUUCUCCCGCGGCGCACAAAGCAGCAUAUCCAGUGGAUCCGACCCAUCGGACAGCUUCCUUGCUGACGCAGGCGACGAAACCUCCAACAAGAUCAGCGAAGUCGUUACUUCAGUAAUCAACAAACUGUACGACGGCCUCCGCACCGAAGCCAUUAUCGCCACCUGCAUCCUUCUCCUCUGGGUAUUUAUUGCUCUGAUUGGCGUGACCCGCGCCAUAGCCCUCUGGUGGGGACAUGACCGGAAUCGUGGCGAGGGUGGUGGCCACGCCAUGGACGCGAUCCCGAACCCUCGUGGGCCAGCGCCAAAUGCAUCUGGCGCUGACUUCACCGAUGUACCUCUGACUGCUAUCCCGAAGGGUCUCGGCACCAUUAAUGCUGUUCCCCAGUAUGAGAAUCCAGCCGUGAGCUCCGGCGCACGGGCUGUGCCAGGGCUUGAUAAUGAGAAGAUGGGUUUUGCCGGGAGGCGGGACUAUCAGGUGGACUCAGCUGCGAUGCGGAAGAGCAACUACGUGGAAUAUGAUAUGAAACACUGA